UUUAGGACACUGGUGUAAAUGUAGCCAGAUGUAGGAAGAUUUAUCAUUGUUUAUCAUAUAUUGAUGCAUGCGUGCGGCUAAUAUUUGAUGUUAAAUAUUGUUAAAUUGCAAAGUGCAGUGUUUAAAAAUAAACGAGCUAUAAGAAGAAUUGAAUUGUUUACCUAGUUUCAGAAAUCCUCUUCGCCUCCAAGACAUAUAAUUUAAAAAAAAUGGCCGAGAGCAGCGUAGCAGGAAAAAGUAAGGCAAGUGACGAGAGGUCAGAUGUGACGACCUUUACCUGGACGAUAGAAAAGUUCAAAGACAAACGUGAAAGUUCAUGCAACAGUUCCUGGAAAUCGCCAACAUUUCACAUAGCAAAUGAUCCCAGCAUGGAAUGGUACCUUUUACUGUGCAAAAGAAAGAAGCUCCUAUCCUGUUCGGAAUGCUACGACUGUGGCUUGACCUUCAUAGGCCUCAGUCUCCGAAACAUCUCCCUCGGGAAUAAUUUCCAAUAUCCCGUCAAAGUAAAAUUCUCUAUUGGACUUCCUAACAAGGGAAAACUUUUCAGUAGAAGCAUGAAAAUAGCAAAGGCCACCGGAGGCCUAAAUUACGGUUUUCAGUAUUUCCUCGAAGAGUCCGAAUUAUUGAAACAUCUUCCCCCGAAUGGAAAUCUCCACAUAAUCAUCAAAAUCAGACCAUUCAAGUCGAUCCCGAAACCGCUUGAAUAUGUUGACAAAAACUUUCAGCCCUUUUUAAACAACAAGUCUCUCAGCGAUGUUGUUUUUUAUGUUAAUGGCAGCGAAUUUCCAGCUCACAAAGUUAUUCUUUCUUCGGCUAGUCCAGUAUUUAGUAGGAUGUUCUCGAACGAAAUGAGGGAAAAUCUUAUGAAUCAAGUUGAGAUGACGGAAACGGAUCCGGACGUUUUCAAUGAAAUGCUGAGAUACAUUUACACCGGAAAGGUUGAGGAUUUGAGUGACGUGGCUUUCGACCUUUACGAAUUAGCCAAUAAAUACGAUAUCGUAGGUUUGAGAAUGAUGUGCGAGCAAUGUCUUCUGAACAUUUUGUCAGUUGAAAACGUCAUUCAUGUUCUUGAACUUGCUGAUUGUCAUAAUGCCUCGUACUUGAAGAACGAAUGCAUCGCUUAUAUUGACAAACAUUUUGACGAUGUCAGGAAGACAGAUCCUUUUAAGACUGUGAAGAGAGAACUGCUUGUGGAUUUACUUUGUGCUGUGAGAGCCAAGAAAGUAAAGUCUUCGUAAUCGAGAAGCGAAUAAUAAUAAAGCUUUAGUUCGAGACGAAAUUUCGACACGAUAAAAUCCGGUAACAUGAUAAAUUACUCGUUGAUGUAAUGCUUGAGUGCAUAUUUUAUAUUUAAUAUGCCAAAUUCAUGGUGUAACUGCAUCUACGUAUUUCGAAAACAAAAAUUAACAUAAAUAAUAGAGGUGUAGCGAUAAAUAUUUUUUACAAGGAUGAAUGUUUUAGGCAUGUAAUACAAAAGGACAUUUUUCUAUAUGCUAGUUGUGUGAGUGAAAAAAUAGUUUAAAUUAUUAUUGAUUUAAAUUAUCCUAUACAAUAUUUUUCAGAAACUAUUCAGUAAAAAUUGAGAAAAUUCUAAAUCGUAGAAUUGACAGAAAAAAAAAGAUUAAUGAUUAGUUAAUAGUUAAAUUGGUUUUAUGUAAUGUGUGUUAGAUAAUAUUUACAACUGUUUGAAAGUUCUUUCAAAUUUUUUCUUCGAUGUAACGAAUAAAGUUUUUAAAUGUUUGCUUAGAUUUAAUGAAAUAAACAACUUUGACGAAUGAAA